AUGUACAGAGAUCUGUGGCACCCUAGAGGGAGACUGAUUGAUCUUACGGGUGAACUAGGUACUCAGAAACUCGGCAUUCGGAGAGAUGCGAAAAUCUGUGAAGUCUUCGUAGCUGGGGAAUGGAGAUUCCGGAACUGCCGCGAUCACCGUAUACAGGAGCUAGUUCAAGCUAUUAUCAGGUAUCCUCUUGCCCUUCAAGAUUCAAUUAGUGAUGGUGCAAUCUGGAAGUGUGGGGAAAAUGAAUACAAAGAUAGAUUUGUGGCUGCUGAGACUUGGAACUUGGUUCGGGAACAUAAGGCUGAAGUUCCAUGGCAUAAGCUGGUCUGGUUUCCGCAGGGGGUUCCACGAUACGGUUUCAUUACUUGGCUAGCUGUGCGGGACAGGUUAGCCACAGGACACAGGACAAGUCAGUGGGGGCAACCGCAGGUUUGUAUCUAUUGUGGCGAGCCUGAUGAGACUCGAGAUCAUCUUUUCUUUGCAUGUCCGUUUACCUUCACACUCUGGCUGCGCGUGGUGGGGAACCUCCUUGGAGUCGAACCUGACCCUGAUUGGCACACAACAUUGACUCGACUGCUGACAGGGAGCUACGAUAAGCUCACCUCUAUUCUGCUGCGGUUGGUGUUUCAGGUCACUAUAUAUUCCAUUUGGCGUGAACGAAAUGACAGGCGGCAUAAAGGCUGUGUGAAAUCUAUGGAUCAGGUUGCUAGGGUGAUUGACAAGACUGUACGGAAUCGGAUUACAUCUCUGGAUUAUCGCUACAAACCUAGGCUACAAGGUCUGAUGCAAAGAUGGUUUAGUGCACACUAA